GAUUUAGGAGAAGAACGUCGUGUAUUGAAAGAAGAUCAAAAAUUGUUUCGGAGCAAGGCACAGAAAUAUUUGAUAGAGACAAACAGAAGGAGAAGAGCCUUUGAAGAAAGACAGAAACAAGAAGAAGAAAAAGAACAAAGAUUUAGAGAGCAAGUUUUGCAGCAGAGGAAAAUUAAACUUCAGGAGGCAACUGCUAAGUUCCAGCGUGCUCAUCUGCCUUUUCCAAAGCACAAACAAAUAGUUCAGACAAAAGCAGCUUUUCAGUUAGAAGAAGCUCUUGAACGAAUUAAAGGAUCAGUUUUAACACCAGGACUGUGCUUGCCAAGCAUAAACAAAAUAAACUUCAGAACCGCAGAUGACACUUCAUUCUCAUCAGCAUCUAGAAAUGAUUCUUUCCAUCAGAAGAUUUCAGCAAUGGUUGGCUGCGAUAAAAAAAUACAAGAGAGCAGUAGAACAGACAUGGAUAGUCACCAACUUCUCUUCCAGAAAAAUCUGAAAGAAAUGCAACAACUCCUUGAAAAACAGCAUCUCAACAGCCUGGAGAAUUUUCAUCAAGAAUUCAAAGAAACAGAUGAUUCAGAAAGCCUGUCAAGCCUUGACAGUCUUGAGGCUGGAGAACAAAAUGGAAAUUACACAACAUCUCGUGAAUCACCUUUAACUACACCGUGUGACUGUGCCCUAUACAAUACAGAAAAAUGCCAGACUAGGAAUAAUGGUUUACUUCAUACAGAUCAAAGUACUUCUAAAAAUAUUCAUCUAAAUAAUUGUCUGAGAAAUGUAAAUUCACCACACUACCACAACAUACCUAUUCAUGAUCUUUUAGCUAAACAUAAUGUUCUAACUCCUACUGAACAUGUAAACACUUCAGAAGAGGAAUCAUCUGCUUCUCACAGAUCUGGAAAGAAACCUGCAGAGUCCUCUACCUUUGGUAACCAAGAAGGCUCUGUAAGUAAUGUAUUUAGUUGUCUGCAAACUAUAAAAGAAGACAGAAACAAGCCAUCUUCUGGAACAGCUAGCACAUUAGGCUCUGGUCAUCCUGGUCUCAAUCCUGGCAAAGCUUGGGACAGCCCUGAUUCUGUUCCGGGAGAAAGAGUUCAGGAUCUGAUGCAAGAUCAGAGUUUUAAAAUGAUCCCACAGAAAAGAACUGUAUCUCUGCAAGCGUCCAGUCAACCUAUUGCAACAUCUAUAAUCUUAUUUCCUAAUCAGGGAUGUUCCACUGGCAUUCCCAGCACAGCUGAUACAUUACCAAAGGACAAAAGCAUCAAUACAGAGUUUUCUAAAAAUAGCUCAGGAAAAAUGACUGAAACAAAAGAAGAAAAUAUUGAAUGUAUUAAUGACAUUGUUCCAGGAACAUCUUUAUUUCAGGACAUACCAAAUGCCUCAGUUCUGUGUGAAGUUAAGCAACAGAAUAACAAAGAGGAAGGAAAGGGAAAUAUAAUUGAAACUAUGUCACUGGUGUACAACACAGAGUUCAAUUCUGGCACUCCUGCACAGGACAAAACCCUGAAAAGCAAUAUUCUUGAAAGAAAAAGAAUAAAGUUAUUCAGAAGUAACUUAAAGAAGGAUUCUGAGUAUGAACCCAGUCAUGUCAAGGCUGUGGUUAGGAACCAUGGUGUCAGUUCUGGACUUCGCCCCAUGUCAUGUAUCAGAGACAGUUUAGAAGUGGCAAAAAUAAAAAAGAAAAGUGCAGAAAAUUACAAAUACGAUAAGAAGCUAAGAUGGUGUGAUCAGAUUAACCAGAUAAUAGUAGAAAAUACUGAAGAAUGCCAUGAAAAAUGCACCAGUGAAAUAUCUUCUUCACAGCUGCAAUAUGUUCAAACUGCAAAUAAUACUCCUAAGACUAACUUAAAUAUUGUUGCUCAACUUUCAAACCCCAUGUUCAUAAAAAAUCAUCAGAAAAAUUCUCAUAUAUCAAAACCAAAUGUUAGUGAUGAAGAAUCAAAUAAAGAAUGCAGAUCUCUGAAUAUAUUUACAUCUACUGGAUCCUAUUCUGCUCACAAAGCUUGGAUGUUAUCAAAAGAUGAAGCUAGUAAACCCCCAGUAUGUAAUAAUAAUUAUAAAAUUAAUGAAGGUAAUCAACUUAAAAAUAAGGCAAAACCAACUAGAAUAACAACAUCUCAGUAUGAUUUAAAUGACAGGCAUAUUGUGCUAGCAAAUCAGGUUUUAAAUAGAAACAGUACAGAAAACAGUGAGAGUAAUGCUUGUUGUUCUGGCUUGGCCACUGUGAUAUCUACACCUGACUGCAGCACAGCCAAAUACGAACCUUGGGCAAAAAAUACUUGUUCUGUAAAUAGCGUUCAGGCAAGCGCCUGUCAAGAUCAUUCAGUAACCUGCACUGAGAGGAAACCUGUUAAUACUGAAAAUGGAUUACAUCUCCAGCAUAUCCCAGCAGCUGGAAAAACAAGCACCUCCUGGCAUGAAGCACAUUCUGCCCGACCUCCAAAAGACUCUGCUACUGGUGCUAUUCAGCACCAUGUGUCACCUUACAAUAAUUUGCAUAUAACUAAAUAACCUUUUAAAACUAAUGUGUCCCAUGUUACUAUUGAUGGCAUCAGCCAGAUGACUAGUCUUGCUCCUGUUACAAGACAAAAGGAAGUUUUUGACAGCUAUGAAAAUAGACACCAAGCUUUUUCAGAACACAGAAGACGAUGUGUAGACUCUAAAAGAUGGAAGCCUACUCAUGCACAGAAUUCAUUAUGUACAGUCCAGCUGAGUCCUGUUCAAUCUGCAUUUGAUCCAGUACAAAAGAUGGAAAACAUCUGUAAAUCUGAGGAAGUUUCAGAAAGUACUAUGCAGUUUCUACUGGCAGAAAAACUAGCAAAUACAUCCAUUGCAGAGGAUGAAAUCCUGGCAGCUAUGGACACCAUGCAGGCAGCCAGCCAGUCCUCACUGCUUAACAGGGCUCCCUGUCCAGGCAUGAGUGCACUUUCAGUAGAAGAAGAGAAGAUUUUCCAGUCCCUUGAUUAUCUCAAUCAAAGGCUACUAA